AUGGUCUGGCCGCCCAGCGCUGCCGAACAAUUGGCCACGACUGUGGCUCCUCCCGUCUGGACGCUAGAAUAUACUCCGUCAACAGCGGCGACGGAUUGCAAUGACCAGGAUGAACACGGAGACGACGACGACGACGACGACGACGACGACAACGACGAUGACGAUGACAACGAUGACAAUAACUAUGAUCGAGCUGCUGCAUGGAGCCAGUCUUCGUCGCCAGCGUUGGAGGCACAUGGUUCUGUCGAAUCUCCGUACAUUCCCUCUGCGCAACCUGUAUUUUAUCCCUUUUCGCAGCCCGCUUCGGGCAUUGGUCCGCUGACGCCGCUGUCACCUGUUCGACAACUCUUGGAUUCUGCUGACUCCUGGUCAGACUUUGAUGCCGACUCAGAAGUACAAGGCAUCCUCGACGACAUCUUGCAAGGUGUUUCUGAUAUAACAUUGUAA